CUUGUAGCAAGGGGGUUGAUUAAAAAGGCCCAACAAACCAAGCCAACCCCAUUGUUAGGCCCAAUUCGAUCAAAUUGAUCUGUUGGCACAAUAUCUUUGGCGGGAGAGAGUAUCUAAUGAGAUCCCCAAGAUUGUUCAUAAACAAAUAAAAGAAAAGAAAAGAAAAAAGAGAGUAAUCCCAAUUAAGCGACACUCACAGAGUAAUCCCUCCCACAUCCGACCAAACUGAGACAGAGGGAGGAUUUAAUGCUUUUUUAACCAAGGGUCUGGCUUAAUGGAAUCAUCUGCCAUAAAAUCUGGGGCUUUAGUGUCACUACAAGACUUACACCAGUCUUCUCCAUUCUUCAAGCAAGGGGCAUCACUUAGAGUUACUGGAAAGUUGCAAGAGUAUUCUGUUGAGACAGCCAUAGCCAUAGUUGUUGAUGGAAAUGCCAAGCUGAAGAUCAACACUCAGCAUUUGAGGGACCUCAGCUUUCGAGUCGGUUCUAUCUACCAAUUCAUUGGUGAACUCCUUAUCCAACCUGAUGAUGAGGCAAUAUUGCAGGCACGUGUGGGUAGGAAUGUUGAUGGCAUCGAUUUAAAUCUCUAUCAUCAGUCUCUACAGCUGUUAAGACAGUUUCAAGCUGAUCACUUGAGUACAACUUAACCCAGUUUUAGUUCUGUAAAGAUACAACUGGAGAUUUCACCAAGAAAGGUAUCAUAGCAAUCUAACUAGAACCCAUAUUCAUCCUGUCAAAAGUUAGAUGGUUUAUUUUGUGUGCUAUGUUGUGAUCUGGAAGUUAAUUUUCCGUUUAAGCUGAUCUUUAAUAUUGUUCAUCAAAAUUAUGUAGAGUUUGUUUUGCU